AUGUGUAUGACGGGAGAACCUGCCCAAAUUGGUAGUUUGUAUGAUAACUGCUAUUCCGACGCUGCCGCUGGAUACCCCGACGCAGACUAUACACCUGCCGUAUCACCCUCUGGACGAUACGCAAACAUGACAGCCGCACUCGCGUCUCUCAGUCGACCAAUCCUCUUCCAAAUCUGUGAUUGGGGUGUAGACUUUCCUUCAGCAUGGGCACCAGCUCUAGGAAAUACAUGGAGAAUAACCAACGACAUCAUUCCUGCCUACCGAACAGUACCACGGAUCUUAAACCAAGCAGCACCACAGACGGAUUUUGCCGGUCCUGGACAUUGGUUAGAUCUUGAUAUGUUGGAAGUUGGGAAUAAUGUGUUCACUGUUCCAGAAGAGCAGACUCAUUUCUCGCUGUGGGCGAUCUUGAAGAGUCCCUUGGUUAUUGGAGCGGCGUUGAAGGAUACCUAUACGAGUAUUGCUGCAGCUUCGUUGGCUACACUCAUGAACGAGGAUGUGAUUGGGUAUAAUCAGGAUAGUUUGGGCGUUGCAGCAAGUUUCAGGAGAAGAUGGACUGAAGAUGGGUAUGAAGUUUGGGCAGGUCCUUUGAGUGGAAAUAGGACGGUUGUGGCACUCAUCAAUCUAGAUGACACAGCAAGAGAACUCACGUUGAACUUUCCCGACGUUGGUGUACAGAAAGUGGCUACAGUAAAGGAUAUCUGGAACAACAUCACCUCGACAAACGUCCUCACCUCUUAUACCGCACCUGUUGAAGCUCAUGGAACGCUUCUUCUCGAGUUUAUCGGUACCACUACAGCGGGAAGCUACUCAUCUAAUGAUUCUAAAACUUCCGGUCAAACCACAACAUUCAACAAAGUGUACGGCUCAACAACCAGCAACAACUACACCGCAACCAUCCACUUCGCCUCCGCAAUGGAAGCAUCCAGCACAGUUGACAUCAACAACAACCCGUACACCCUCCCAGCAGGUUCCUCAGUCCUCACAGCCGCCCUCUCCCUAUCAGCAACAAACAACAACACCAUCACAAUCACCUCCCCCACCACGCCCCUCUCCCUAACCCUCACCCCACCAAACUCAACAUUCUACCCCUCCACCCCAUUCUCCUUAAUCGGAACAUCGACCUUCACAUCCUGCUCCGGCCUCUGCGCCCCCGUCGGCUCAAAAAUAGGCUAUCUCUCCCCCACGGGCUCCGCGUCCCUGAACAUCACUUCUCCAUCCACGUCCAUUCAGGGGGCGAAGCUCGCUCAGAUAUAUUUCUGCAACAACGAUAUCGCGGAUUCAACUUCGUGGACCGAUGGCACGAAUACGCGGAACAUGACCAUUUCGGUAAACGGGGAGGUAACUAGGAUCGAAACCCCGCUUAGUGGGAGGAGUAGUGAGCUUUUCUCUGUGGGAGAUGGGUGGUUUGAUACUGGUGUUUUUAAGGUUCUGCUUGAGGGGUGGAAAGAGGGGGGAAAUGUGGUUGAGGUGGGGAAUGUUUAUGGGAGUGAGGGGAUUGUGAGUUAUGGGGCGGAUUUCGUGGGGAUGGGUGUCUUUUGGUGA